AUGGCCUUGACAAAACGAACACGUUUUAUACUUGUACAAAGUACAAGUAAUGCUAAUGUAAAUGAAGAUAAUAUGGAACCAUAUCAUGUAAGUGUAUUUCGACGUUCAACAUCAAUGCCACCAUUACCAAAAUUAUCAUCAUCAAAGAAAAUAAAUUUUCCUCAACGUCAACAACAACAACAGUCUAUUGUAGUUUCAAAAUAUCAACGACAUGAAAAGGAUGAAACAUUAACAAAUAAAUUUUAUAAAUUAAAUAUUCAUACAAUGAAAAAAAAAUCUGCACGAAUAAGUAUGCGUUUAUCAAGUGCAUUUGGUUUAUCAGCACAUACAAUUGAUGAACAAUUUAAUUUUCAAGAACAACGUUUUCGUGCUAUUGAAAAAUUUUCAAGAUUAUUUCUACGAAAUAUUUAUUUAUGUAUUGAAGCACUUAAGGAAAGUUUUAUAAUACAAGUUGAUGUUGCCGAAGAUUUUGAAGAAUUAUUAACCGAUAAAAUACCUGAUUUAGCUCAACAAUUUCUUCGAUUAAAACGUUUAUUACUUGAAAAUACUUUUACAGAAUUUUGUAACCAUAUUGAAUUAUGUGUUGUUCAAUCAAUAAAUACUUUAAUACAAUUAUUUAUUAGACCAACAAAUCUUAUCUCUAAAAGACAUAAAAAAUUAUUAGAUUAUGAUAGUGCUCAAUCAACUUAUGAAAAAGUUAAAGAUCAACAAUUAAAACAAGCUAAACAAGCACUUGAUUUAUCGAAAGAAACAUAUGAAUUAUUAAAUAAUCAAUUAUUAGAAGAAUUACCCAUUUUAUAUGAAUAUAGUUGUCAAAUAUUAUCAAUAUGUUUAAAAGAAUUUAUACGUGCACAUUUAUAUUUAAUACAACAGAUGCGAACAAAUAUUCAAAUUGUACUUAAUCAAAUAAUACCACCUAUUAAUUUUCAACAAUUAAAUUGGCAAAAAAUUGUUGAUCGUUUUUUUGCUAAGAAUAAUUCAACUGCUGAAGGAUUAAAUCAAUUAACAAUAACAUCAAAGAAUUUUUCUGAAAGGACAAAAAAUUUAUCAACAACACGAAUAUCUCUAUUGAUGAGUAAUCUUUAUAAUUAUGAUAAAGAAAUAUAUAUACAAACAGAUGAAAUUCGAAAUUUAUUAAAAAAUAAUUAUCCAGAAAAAGAUUUAUUUAUUGUUAUUCAAGAUUAUACUAGUAAUUCUUGUAAUAAUCAAUCAACUAAUUCAAAAUCAGAAAUUAUUGUUCAAAAUGUAAUAACACGAGGUUAUAUACCUCGUUCUAUUCUUAUUCCUUUAUCAUCUAUUAAUCAGUCAGAACUUAUAUCUUCUACACCACCAACACCAAUUCGUGAUGAUAUACCAGUAUUUUCACAAGUUUGUUCUCCAUUAUCUCGUGUAAAUUCAAGAUUAAAUUAUGAACAACCUCGAAAAACUUUAACAAGAGCAAAAAAAGAACCUGAAUUAAGUUUAAUUAAUUCUUAUUUUAAUCAUUUAGAAGAUGAAAAUGAACCAAUUUAUUUAAAUCAACUUGAUUGUCAAUCACCAACAGGUGAAAUUGAUGAAAUACAUCAAUAUGCUUCAAUUGAUUUAGAUGAUUCAACUACUCCCAUCUCGAACGAACAAGAACGAAUCUACGUUGCAUUAUAUAAUUUUGAUUGUACAAUUGAUGGUGUUCUUUCAUUACAAAUUGGUGAACAAUUAAAAGUUUUACAACAUUCAGAUGAUAAUAAAAAUGAAGAAUGGUGGUAUGUUGAAAAAAUUAAUGAUACAAGACAACGAGGUUAUGUACCUGCAAAUUAUAUUCAAGCAAUUUAA